AUGUUUGGUUGUGAAAGAGAUGGAGGUGAAAAUGGUGGUGAAAGAGGUGGUGAAGGUGGUGGUUGUGGUUGUGGUAGUGGAGGUGGUGGUUGUGGUAGUGGUGGUGGUGUGGAUGACGGUUGUGGAGGUAGAGGUGGUGGAGGUUGGGGAGGAGGUGGUGGUGGGGAUAGCGAGGAGGAUGUGGUGGUGAUGGUGGUGGCUGUGGUGGUGGUGGAGGUGGUGAAGGUGGUAGUGGUGGUGGUAGGGAUGUCGGUUGUUGAGGUGGAGGUGCUAUUGGUGGUGAAGGAGGUGGUAGAGUUGGAUGUGGAGGUGGAGGUGAAGGUGGAGGUGGUGUCAUUUUUUAAAAUGAAUUAUGGUAUUUUGGGAAUUUAA